AUGAGCCGACCGCGUCUUCUACCAGCAACUUACACCGUGGCAUGGGUGUCUGCCCUGCCUCUCGAGUCGGCAGCGGCCGCAGAGAUGCUAGACGAAGAACACUGUGAUCCUCGAAGCCGCGGUAGCAAUACGGACCAAUAUAUUUUCGGCCGGAUAGGGAACCACAACAUCGUGAUGACCUGUCUACCGUCGGGCCACAUGGGAAACAACUCCGCCGCCGACGUCGCAGGGCGGUUGACAACUGCAUUCCCGUCAAUCAAGUUCGCUCUGAUGGUGGGAAUCGGUGGUGGCGUCCCAACAGCGAGUGCAGAUAUAAGGCUCGGGGACGUUGUGAUCGGCCACCCGCACUCGCAGUAUGGUGGCGUGGUCCAGUAUGACUUCGGUAAGACUGGUCCAAACAGACAAGUACACAGAACAGGAUUCACCAACGCACCGCCGAAGGUGCUCCUCAAUGCCAUUGCAAAGCUGCGAGAAAACCACUACCGUCGUCUGAACGACAUCUCCGCACAUCUCUCUGUUUUCGAUCGGUUGGCACAAUUUAGUCGAAACACAACAGGCCCUGAUGUUCUCUUUCAAGCGACAUACAAGCACAAUGGGGGAGACAACUGCGAGUGCUGCAACAAGCAAAUGAUCAUCGAACGGCCUAAGCGAGAGUCCACAGAGGUGGUAAUUCAUUAUGGCACCAUUGCGUCAGGGAACCAGGUAAUGAAGGAUGGCGUGACCAGGGACAGGAUCAGUGCUGAGCUCGGUGAAGUGUUGUGCUUUGAGAUGGAGGGGGCCGGUGUGGCUGGUGCAUUUCCAUCCGCGGUGAUUCGUGGCAUCUGUGACUAUGCCGACUCGCACAAGAAUAAGAGCUGGCAGCCAUAUGCUGCCGCGACAGCGGCGGCAGUUGCGAAAGAAUUGCUGCGGGUGGUCCCGGCCGAAGAGAUCGUCAAGACUAACAUAUCUGAGAGAGUAAGCGAUGCCGAAGAGUACCGAGUCUCAUUCAGUCUGAAAGGCAUUCCACGAGGUAGAUUUGUGGAUAGGCCGGAAGAAAUGAGACGUUUAGAAAAAGUUCUUAUACCACAUAGACAGGCUCAAUCAGAAGAAUAUCGGCAGCAAGUAGUAGUGCUGCAUGGCCUAGGCGGAAUAGGCAAGACGCAGCUUGCCGCCGAGUGUGCCAGGAAGCACCAGGCUGCGUUCACGUCGGUAUUUUGGUUGGACGGUAGUAGCGAAGAUAGCCUGCAGCAAAGCAUUGCUGAUUGUGCCGGUCGUAUUCCAGAAGGGCAGAUUCCUGAGACAAGUAGGAAAUACUCGUCUAGCGCACACGGUGACCUUAAUGCUGUUAUCGGUGAUUUCAUGGAGUGGCUGAGCAGAACAGAGAACAAGCGCUGGCUGAUUAUAUUUGAUAAUGUGGACCGCGACUACCAGCAAGAGACUGAUAUCGACGCUUAUAAUGUCAGCAACUACAUACCCGAGGUUGAUCAGGGAUCGAUUCUGAUUACCACGCGGCUUGCGAACCUCCAACAGCUGGGCGAACCUUUGCAGCUGGGGACUGUUGAUAUGAGCGAAGCACAUGCUAUCUUUCGAAAGUGGUAUAACCAAGACUUUGAUCUGAAUGACAGCGACGAGCUGCUUCAACUGCUUGAUGGGCUACCUCUAGCGCUAGCCCAAGCGGCGGCCUAUAUGAGCGAGACGGGGACGAGCUUUCGUACGUACACCAGGCUAUACAAAGAGCAAUGGAAGGAUCUGAUGGAGAUUGAGAACACGGCACCGCUGAGAAGCUAUGGGGCCCGCAGCAUAAACACGACGUGGACGGUCUCCUAUAAUGCGAUACGAGCCCAGAAUGAGGGGGCAGCAAAUCUUCUUUUGCUAUGGGCCCACCUUGACCAUAAAACACUGCCGUUCUGGAUUCUUCAAGCUGGAGCACGUGGUUCUAGUGCCUUGGCUAAAGACCUGUCGGCAUGGCUGGGAGACGCCGCCGAUGACGAAGUGAAAUUCUUGCAAGUUGUUCGACUUCUACGGAGCUAUUGUUUGAUUGACAGCCUACAUGGGAGUUCGACCAAUAGUACUCAUCCUGUAGUGCACCAGUGGGCAUUUCACAUACAAGAUGAAGAUCAACGAGCAGAGCUAUCACGACUAGCCGUUCUCAUAAUUGGAUAUGCUUUUCCAGACGAGUACGCCACCGAAUAUCACCAGAAGCAGCGGCAGUUAUUUCCACAUGCAGAGUCUUGGAUAGAAAGAAUGGAGCGAGAAAUAGUGAAUACCAUGGCAGAAGUGAAUGUGGAGGUAUUAUACGCGCUGCAUAUGAUGGGUAUGCUAUUAUCGGAUCGAGGGAACCUAGGAAAGGCAGAGAAGAUGUACCAGCGGGCGCUGGAAGGCUACGAGAAGGCCUGGGGCCUUGACCAUACAUCGACUCUCGAAACUGUCAAUAAUCUGGCUGUUCUAUACGCCGACCAGGGGAAGCUGGCAGAUGCGGAGAAGAUGUACCAGCGGGCGCUGGAAGGCAAGGAGAAGGCCUGGGGCCCUGACCAUACAUCGACACUUGACACUGUCAAUAACCUGGGAAAUCUCUACAAAAACCAGGGGAAGCUGGCAGAUGCGGAGAAGAUGUACCAGCGGGCGCUGGAAGGCAAGGAGAAGGCCUGGGGCCUUGACCAUAUAUUGACACUUAACACCGUCAAUAAUCUGGCUGUUCUAUACGCCGGCCAGGGGAAGCUGGCAGAUGCGGAGAAGAUGUACCAGCGGGCGCUGGAAGGCUACGAGAAGGCCUGGGGCCCUGACCAUACAUCGACACUUGAUACUGUCAAUAACCUGGGCAAUCUCUACAAAAACCAGGGGAAGCUGGCAGAUGCGGAGAAGAUGUACCAGCGGGCGCUGGAAGGAUACGAGGAUGCCCUCGGGCCCGAUUAUAUUCAAUCGUACGUUCCUGCGCUUCAUAACGCCUAUAGCUAUGGUAUGCUCUUCGAGGAUCAAGGCCGCCUAAGUAAUGCAAAAUUAAUGUACACAAAAGCACUUGCAGGGUAUAAGCUUGUCUUUGGAACUGAUGAUCGCUGGUACCGGGCAGUCCAGGAGCGGCUUAAGAACCUGAAGACCUCUCAAUGUUCUCGCUCGACUUCGCCGACAAGCCGCGCUAGUCGGCUUACUCGCCAUGUAGCAGACAUUUUACCUGCGGCAGAAUCAGCAGCUUCCAAAUCAUCAAAACGACUUAGGCUUCUCAGGAAGCUCAAGUUGACAUAG